GGCUGUGACACUACAUACAUCAAAAUCAACAUUCAUUUCAAAUUACAUUUAUAUUGGAAAUUAAAACAUACGCAAAAAAAUGUACAAAGAAUUCCAAGCAAUUGUGCUUGCCGGUGGAGGAGGAUCUCGUAUGACGGAAUUGACACAAGGACAACAUAAAUGUUUGCUUCCAAUCGGAAAUAUACCUAUGAUUUGGUACCCCCUUCGCCUCUUGGAGCGUGCCGGUUUUAAAGAGGCUAUUGUUGUCGUCUCUGAAAAUACAGAGCAUGACGUAUCGUCAUCGUUAAAUAAAUUAAACCUUAAAAUUAAAACGGACAUUGUCGCUGUAGAGGACGCAGAAGAUCUUGGAACCGCAGAUUCCAUCAGACUGAUACACGAGAAAAUUAUCACUGAUUUCUUAGUGAUCUCGUGCGAUUUAAUCACCAACAUUGACAUACGCGAAAUUUUGGAUCUAUACAGGAAAUACAAUGCAAGCAUUACAGCGUUAAUGUUGCCCACACCUAAACUGCCAGAGGAUUUCACAACACCAGGCCCCAAAAACAAACAGAAACCAGAGACUGAUUUAAUUGGCAUCGACAAUGAAACAGGACGUCUAAUUUUUUUGGCCUCAGCCUCUGAUUUCAAGAAAACUAUUAAUAUUUCACAGACGCUCCUUAAAAAACACACAAAUUUCACUAUUCAUUCGAAAUUGAUGGAUGCUCAUUUAUACGUUAUUAACAAAUGGGUUUUGGAUUUCUUGGUGCACAAUAAAAAUUUUAGUACACUGAAAGGAGAGCUUCUUCCACAUAUUGUUAGCAAACAAUUGUCCAAACCAAAACAAUGUAAGGAUGACAAAAAUACUUCGAUAAUAAAAGUGGAUUUGAAAGAAGAUAUCUUCCGCUUUGCUGUGGAAAAACCAUUAGACGAUUUAAUUAGGAAAAUGUCAGCAUAUAAUGAUCACAGUACAGAUUUAGAGGAUGCAUAUCAUGGUGACAUAAUUAGGUGUUAUGCACACAUUGUGGAUGGAAAAUUUGGGUUAAGAGCAAACACUAUACAAAUGUAUCACUUUGCUAACGCCAAGAUAUCAGAUUGGUGGACUAAUGACAAUGACAAAGAUUAUGUACCGAGUAUUUCAAACACGGCAACGAUACAUAGUACGCAAAUACAAGAUUGUCAUGUAAACGACAAUGCUAUUAUUAAUGAGAAAACAUCCCUUAAACAAAGUCACAUUGGAUCGAAUGCAAUCAUUGAAUCGAAAAUUAGAAUUUCACAUAGCAUUGUUAUGGAAAAUGUGACAAUCAAGCAAAGCUGCGUAAUAAAUAAUUGCAUAUUGUGUAAUGGUUGCAUCAUCGAAGAAGGUUCAGAAUUAAAGGACUGUGUGGUGGGUCCACAACAUGUUGUGACCUCUGGAAGUCAACAUGCUCGUGAAGUUCUUACAGAUCCUGACAAACUCAUAGAAAUUUAAUUAUUCGCAAUUACAUUGGCUGCUUGGAUAAUGAAAAACAAUUCUUUAGAAUUAAUUUUAAUUCGAAUUUCUUAAAAUUCAACUUUGUAUUACGAAGUAAAAUUUUU